AUGACAGCAAAACCAAGUGAGCGAUUAAAUUUAGCUAAAAGGUCUAAAAUAUGUUUCAACUGCUUGCGCACAAACCACGGUUCAAGUCAAUGUACAAAUGAAAACACUUGUAAAAAUUGUGGAUUAAAACAUCAUACACUUUUACAUCUCGACAUGAGAAAGGCCAGUACAACAGGGGGUGAAGAUACGUCAAAUGAUCAGGGAAAGGAACAAGAUUCAAAAAGUACAACAUCUCAUAUAGGAGCAUCACACCCAACCACAUCCCAGAGCGUUAUAUUGUCAACAGCAUUAGUACAUGUAAGUGGGAAAAAUGGCCAAAAGGUGUUAUGCCGAGCACUGCUAGAUUCUGGAUCACAAUCGCAUUUUAUUACAUCAUCUUUGACAACAGAACUAGGCAUUGACAGAAUAAAUACUCAAGUGAUCGUCAACGGUAUAUCAUCAGCAGAGACAACUGUUAGCGAGAAGGCUGAGUUCACGGUGUCUUCACGUGUAAACAAAAAGGAGUAUCAAAUUACUGCUUUGGUUGCACCACGUAUCACCAUUGAUCUACCUGUUGGUAAGAUAGACACAUCGAAUUGGCAUCAAUUACAAAGCGAACAAUUAGCUGACCCAACGUUCCAUCUACCAGGAAAAAUUGAUAUUCUCAUAGGCGCUGAACUCUUUUAUGAUAUUGUACUAGAUGGUAAACAGUUUGGACCAGAGGGUGCACCUAUACUACAAAAUUCAAGAUUUGGUUGGAUUGUUACUGGUCAUAACAACAUCACAAAAACUGAUCCGACACAGACCACAACCAAUAUAAUCACCUGUUGUACCAGUACCACUUAUCAGCGACUUGAGAACCAAAUUGAAAAGUUCUGGAAAGUUGAAGAGGUGCCAAGAGUGACAACUAUGUCAAAAGAAGAUCAACUCUGUGAAGACCACUUUGUCCAAACAUUUAAACGCAAUGAAAGUGGGCGUUACGUUGUACGAUUGCCGUUCAAGGAGACUCCACAUCCUGUGAACAAUUCAUAUGACAUUGCUGUACGGAGACUCUCCCAGGUGGAGAGGUCUCUGCUUCAAAGUCCAUCAGUGUACGACCAGUACCGACAAUUCAUGGCUGAUUAUCUUCAACAGAACCACAUGGAGCGUGUACAACCCACUGAAGAGAGUCCAACUAUAUUCCUACCACAUCAUCACGUCUCACGUCCGUCGAGUGCAACUACUAAAUUGAGAGUUGUCUUUGAUGGAUCCGCUAUUGUUUGCAAUGGGAAGUCACUGAACGACACAUUACAUCGAGGUCAUAAGCUACAGCGUGACAUAGUAAGAAUUAUCACCAGAUUCCGUAUGCACAGAUAUGUUUACACUGCCGACAUACGUCAGAUGUUUCGGCAGAUUGAGAUACACCCUGAUGAUCAGUGUUAUCAAGGUAUCGUGUGGCGAAAUCACCCAUCAGAACCAGUACAAAUGUACAAAUUGAAAACUGUCACUUAUGGGUUGAUAACUUCACCAUUUCAUGCUCUACGCACACUUGUUCAACUCGCAGUUGAUGAACAAGCUAAUUAUCCUGAAGGAUCCAGAAUACUCCAAAAUGAUUUCUACGUCGAUGAAGUCAUGUCAGGCUGUAACAAUGUCAAUGAUGCUAAGGAUCAAAUACAAGAGCUGAAUGAUCUACUCCAAUGUGGUGGAUUUGACUUAAGAAAAUGGGCCAGUAAUACACCUACUAUCUUGGAAAACAUUCCAGCCGAGCAUCAACUGUUGCAGAUUUCUAUGCCUGAUCAACAUAAUGUAAUUGUGUUGGGUAUUUCGUGGAACACUACAAGGGAUACAUUUUCAUUUAAAGUCGAACCUACACCACGAUUGGAUCGCAUCACUAAACGUGAGUUAUUAGGAGAAAUUGCACGCACCUAUGACCCUUGUGGAUGGCUGGCACCAUUGAUAGUAGUUGCCAAGAUCCUCAUGCAACGACUUUGGCAGACAGGCACGGAGUGGGAUGACUCUGUGUCAAAAGAACUUCUUGAACAUUGGGUUGCUCAUCGAACAUCAUACAACCAUCUACAUCAAUUUGAAAUUCCACGUCAUGUUGGCAACAUAAUGGACACCCAACAAGGUUGUAUUCUACAUGGUUUUUCAGACAGCUCAGAACGUGCCUAUGCGGCAGCGAUCUACAUCAUCUCAAAUAACACAGGACAUUUAUUGGUAUCCAAAACUCGCGUAGCCCCGCUGAAAAAAGUCACAAUACCGAGGUUGGAAUUGUACGGUGCUACACUCUUAGCACAGUUAAUGCAUUCACUAAUAGAGUCACUUCAACUGCAAGUCAAAGCAGUAACAAUGUGGACAGAUUCCACCGUCACAUUGCAGUGGAUUCAAAGUGAUGCCCACAAAUGGACCACCUUCGUGUCAAACCGAGUAAGCCAAAUACAGUCACUAGUUCCAACAGCUGAGUGGAGGCAUGUACGUUCCGCAGACAACCCUGCAGACCUGGCCUCCAGAGGCACAUCAGGUGAUCAGCUCAUAAAUAACUAUUUGUGGUGGCAUGGACCUGAUUGGCUUUUUGACCCAAACCAAUGGCCAGACAUAAAAUUGAAACCUACAACAGCAUCAGAUACAAAUGAAGAACUUCGACAUCAACCUACUGUUUCUGUGUCAUUGUUAAGAAACAUUGAACCAAUAGGGCAAGACUUACUGACCAAAUGUUCAAAUUAUGAACGUCUCAAUCGCAUCGGUGCAUACAUCUAUCGGUUCUGCCACAAUUGCAGAAACCCGAGGCGAUUGUCAAAACAUAUCACUGUCCAAGAAUACAAUCAAGGUGUAUAUUUUUGGAUCCGCAUCGCACAACACUCUGUAUUCAAAGAUGAAGUGAAACAACUCAAAUCAUUCAAACCAGUUGCAAGGAACAGUGUAUUAGCCAGUCUUGAUCCAUUCAUUGAUGAUACAGGCUUGCUACGCGUUGGCGGAAGACUUCGGCAUGCAGAAAUCUCUUAUGGUCAAAAGUAUCCAAUAUUGUUACCUAAAAAUCAUAUAUAUACUUAUUUAAUUAUAAAACAGGUUCAUUUGUACUACUUACAUGCUAGCCUAGAAGUCACCAUGUCAGUAAUUAGACAAAAAUAUUGGGUAAUUCACUGUCGUAGUACAAUCAAAAAGGUCAUACACAGCUGCAUACCAUGUGUACGUUCCCAAAAAGAACUAUGUCAACAAGUGAUGGCUGAUCUCCCUGCUGCCCGUGUCACUAUGGCUCCUGUCUUCGCACGAGUUGGAGUUGAUUUUGCCGGGCCAAUAACAACCAAACCAGUUGGGAUCCGUACACGCACCGUUACAAAAUCAUACCUGGCACUGUUUGUGUGCAUGACUACAAAAGCAAUACACUUGGAAGUGGUAAGUGAUCUCACCACUGAGGGGUUUAUAGCAACUCUAAAACGCUUUGUUAGUCGUCGGGGAUGUCCAUCUGACAUUUAUUCUGAUAAUGGCACGAACUUUGUGGGAGCGAACAACAAAUUAAAAUCCUUAUAUCACUGUAUCUCCCAGAGUGAAUUUCAAAAAUCAAUAAACACACAUUGUGUUUCUGUUAACAUUAAGUGGCAUUUUAACCCACCAGCAUCCCCACAUCAUGGUGGUUUAUGGGAAGCUAACAUUAAAAGCACAAAGAUAAUUCUAUACAAAAACAUGGGGAACAUUGUGUUUACGUUUGAAGAGCUGAAUACAAUGUGCUGUCAAAUCGAGGCCAUCUUAAACAGUAGGCCCUUGUGUGCAUUGGACGAUGGCACUGUUUUGACACCUGGUCAUUUCAUUAUUGGCCGUCCUCUGUUGGCUGUUCCCGAAGACAACAUGUUAUGUUCCACUGUUAACCACCGAAAACGCUGGAACAUUAUUCAAAAAAUUACUCAGACAUACUGGAAGCAAUGGUCUAAUACUUAUCUGAAUAAUCUGCAACAACGUUCAAAAUGGCGCAAACCAAAAGAAAAUUUGGCUGUCGGUGAUAUCGUUAUACUACGUGAACCUGGGACAUCUUCCACACAAUGGCCAAUGGCACGCGUCGUCGAGAUAUUCUCCAGUCCUGCUGACAAUCAUGUACGAGUUGUUCGCAUCCGCACUGCAAAGACGGAACUCAUACGUCCUAUCACAAAGCUAGUCAAACUCCCUAUCGAACACUAA